CAUUUUCGUGAUCAAUAAUCGGACAUACAACUUCAAACGUCAUUAUGCACUAAUUGCUUGAAAAAGUUCAGGCUCGAGCUAUUUUAUUGCUCCGGAUUUUUGUAUCGGGUAUUUCACACGAGAUUGCACAUGCAAUACACGGACUGGCAUUAAAAUUUUUAAGAUGGCGUCUUCCUUAUUAUUGCUUUGCGCGAAACAACACAACGGGGUUAGUCGUUACGUUUAAUGCGAUAAUAUCGUGCGUGUCAUUCGCGCUCAGAAAUAUCGCGUGUUAAUUGUGACACAUGGAGAGAACAAUGUCGGACCAGGCGGCUUCGCAAACGGAAACUGUCUCCGAAGCGGACGUCGCUGAUUCCGGGUCGCAGGAUGUACCUACUGUACGAUUACGUCUACGAAAGCCGAAAUCAAAUAAGAAGGUUCAAUGGACUCAGGGAACUGUUGACAAUGAACAUUUGAAUAAGAAGAAAUCAAAAUGUUGUUGUAUUUAUGAAAAAACAAAAACUUUUGGUGAAAGUAGUUCUGAGGAUAGUGAUGAUGAAUGUGAACAUUGUCAUGGACAUAAAGAUGCUCACAAGAAAGUCUUACCCAAAGCUGCAGAUAAUAAUCAAACAGGAAUGCCGUCACAUCCUGAACCGAUUGCAACAGGUUCAACAUAAAUAUAUGCUUAUUGACAAUUUUUCGUCCUAAAUGAGAAAUAAAUCUCUUUAUGCUAUUUCUUGCAUCUCAGUGUCAUGCAAAAGAGAUAUGGUGAAUUGUAGGUAGGUAAUUAUAAACACACAAUAUAAUUUAAAAAAAAUUGAAAUGUACGAUAUCAAUUGAAGUGUUGCAUAUAUCUUUUUAGAUAUGCAAACUCUUUAAGUAUGAUUCUGCACUAGUACAUACAGCGUUUGUAUUACAAUGCUUCAGCGAUGUCGCACGGAACAUUACAAAAUAUCCAGUCUGUUAAUUAUAUAGAUCAUGAGUAUAGUAAAUAAUUGAAUAUAAAUAUAGUUAAAAUAAUGUAAUUAAUAUCAUUAUCAAAUUCUCUGAGAAGUAACAAUCGCUACAUUCCUUAAUUUAUAUCUAAAUCGAUGUUAUUUUUCUCGCAUGUACUAUUUGUUAAUUAAUUGAUAUAUAAUGUGCUAUAAGUAAAUAUAUAUUAUAUGUUAACUUA